UCGGGAAACAGAAUAAGUCAGUGGUCGCGCGAGUGGACAUUUCAGUCAGUGCCAGCUGUUGCUUUUCCAAUUUUCGGAAUAUAUGUGAUUAUCUUGGAUAUCGCGCAUGCACUGAACAUUUUGAUGCUUUUUUUAUCAGAAUUGAGCUCAUUUUAUUGUAUCGAUGCGCCAAUUUUCGUUUCCAUGCAUCUGAUAUCAAUGUAUCAAAAAAUGUAUGCCAUUAAUUUGUGUGUUAUGGUAAUCCUGCUCGUUGUAUCCUUUGGUCAAUCGCAAACACAGGCGUCUGGGGUGUUUGAAAUCCGACUAAAGACCGUGGAAAAAUUAACCUUUACAAUUGAUCGUGUGGGAGGCUGCUGCAAAAACGCUAAUGGCGAAUGCUCCGAUGAAUGUAAUGCCUAUUUUCGGAUCUGCCUGAAACACUUCCAGAGUAAUAUUGUUGCCGACCCACCCUGCACCUUCGGUGCGGUAAAAAUCUCGCCAACCUCUGAUGCCGACGGUGUGGACAAUUCAAUUCUGGAGAAAUUUACGACCAAGGCAUUCCCGUUUAAAUUCAAAUGGCCGGAGUCAUUUUCGGUAGUUAUCGAAGCCUGGCACCAACCGCAGCCAUCCCCCAUCGAUCAUCACGCAAUGGAGGACAACCGCAGUCGUACUGAUGACCAACUGCUUGCGCAGUUCUCAGCCCACCACACCCUCCGACCCCAUGCCAACUGGACGGAGGUGGCGGCUUUCAGCACGGGUACGAAUACGCCGCUGUUCUACGCGUACCGCAUUGUCUGCAAUGAGCACUACUAUGGGAUCGGCUGUGAAAAUUUCUGCCAAGCCCGCAAUGAUACCCAUGGACAUUACAUGUGCAGUAAGAAUGGCGCCAAAAUCUGCUCAAACGGAUGGACUGGCCCCUAUUGCGAAAUUCCAAUUUGCUCCCCCGGAUGCCACGCGCAAAAUGGAUACUGCGAAGUUCCAAACGAGUGCAAGUGCCGUCUUGGUUGGCAAGGGCGUGACUGUUCGGAAUGUAUCCGCUAUCCCGGUUGCGAGAGAGGCACAUGCCAGCAGCCUUUCCAGUGUAAUUGCGAUGAGGGUUGGGGUGGCCUCUUCUGUAGUCUAGAUCUGAAUUACUGCACUCACCAUCAGCCAUGCGACAAUGGUGGCACGUGUGCCAAUACUGGUCAAGGAAGUUAUACGUGCACAUGCGCCGACGGCUUCACUGGACGCAACUGUGAAUUGCGGAAGAAUCCAUGUGUUAUUGAACCUUGCCGGAAUGAUGGAGUUUGUCGAUCGAGCAGACCCGGAAAUUAUACAUGCGAUUGUCAAGAAGGAUUUUUCGGCAAAAAUUGCGAAUCCACCACCCGCACUUGUGUUGACUCCCCGUGCAGAAAUCAAGGCCUGUGCCACGAUAACCCCGCCACCGGCUACGAAUGCUCGUGCCCUUCGGGGUACACCGGCAAGAACUGUGAGCACCGUGUGGGUCUGUGUAGUCAGAACCCGUGCAAAAAUGGCGGUACAUGCGCUGACCUGUUGAACACAUUCUCCUGCACAUGCCCGGCCGGAUUCGCUGGCUCCACCUGCCAAGUGAUCCAGCAGCAGUCCGUUGACAACUGCUCACUCACUCCGUGCUUGAAUGCUGGCACCUGCAUCCACGAUGACCGUCAUCACACCUACACCUGCCUGUGCCCGGCCGGCUACGAUGGUGCCCUAUGCCAGCAGCCACUCUACGAUAAGUGUGCCGAUAAUCCCUGCCAGCACGGUGCCAGUUGUGAGGAUCGGAAAGAAGGCGGUUUUCUCUGUCAUUGCCCGCAGGGAUUUGUCGGCAAGUUGUGCGAUAUCCCCGAUGAGACCAACAGUAUUGAACGCCUAUCCAUGACCGGAUCAACAUUGCGCCUACAGAGCGCCAACUCUGUGGCAAACGGCCUGACAUCCGCCCAGUUGUACGGGGCCAUCGGCGGCGGGGUGGUACUGGUGGUCCUCAUCGUGUUGGUUGGCUGGGCUGGUUGGCGCUGUGUCGCUAUGAAGAACCGCCAGCGGGAGCAGCGAAAACGCGCAACACCGGCAACGGAAGUGAACUUCAGCAUGAACAACCUCCAUAAGGCUCCGUAUUCGAUCCCUCACGGUCCCAAGGAAUGGAAGCCAAUUGUGACGGUGCAGACGGAAGCGGAGGAGUACUACGCGGUGCUGCCGAAACGGAACAAUGGAUGCCCGCCAAUUUAUACGCCCAGCUCCUCAGCCAUGCCGCUGGCGGCGAGUGGAAGUGGGCCGUUAAUGAAAGAUGCGAUUUAUAUGAAAGUCAUGACGGAUCCACCACCGUAUCACUCUCACCACAACUAUCGUAAAUCAUACAUUUCGCAUGCUGAUAAAUUACUUGAUUCCAGUAAUAUUGAUGAAUCGUUUUCUGGUUACAAGACUCUGCCGCGGCGCAGCUAUGCAGUUUGUUGAUUUGAUUGAGAAUAUGACUUUUAUUAUCGCCUUUUGGGCUUCCUGUUAACAUUUUUAAAGCAAGUUAAUUUUUCUACAUCUUGUAUAAAUUGUUAUUAGGCCUU